AUGGAGAACAGCCCAAUAAAGAAGCGCAAUUUAAGUUUAAGAAAAACACAAACCAAAUCUCCCAAAACUCCUGAAGACAAAAGACACGAAGUAACUGUAGUUGAUUUAAACGACACAUCGAGUUCUUCCGAUAGCACUGUGAUAUAUUCUCCAGAACUCAGAACCCCACAAAAAUCUACGUCUGUGUCACAAAAUUUAAAAAGAACUUUAAUGUCUUGCCCAACAAUGGUUCAAACACAUGAUUCACCAAAUUUUGGAUCUCCAUCGAAACAUAAAUUUCAUUCACCAACAAGAAAACGAAAUUUUCCAGAAUCCAGAACCCCACAAACAUCUACCUCUGUGUCACAAAAUUUAAAAAGAACUCCAAUAUCUUGCCCAACAAUGGUUCAAACACAUGAUUCACCAAAUUUUGGAACUCCAUCAAAACAUAAAUUUUAUUCACCAACAAGAAAACGAAGUUGUGCAGUUAAGUCACCCAUUAAGGCUAAAAGAAAUUUAAAUCAUACAUUAUCAAAUUGUAAGACUUCUAUUUAUGUUAGUGAUGAUUUUAUAAAAAUUUGUGAGGGCCUCAAUGAUAAGACCAUAUUUCUUUUGAAGAUAAUUUAUCAGUUCUUACAUGAUGAAACUUUAAGGCCUCUUUUGGAAGAGAAUAGUGUAAAUCUACUAGCAAAUGCAUUAAAAGUGAAGAAACCUGGAAUGCAUUUGGUUUGUAGACUUAAUUGGCGGCAGGAUAGGUGGCAAAGAUUAGAAAGCAUUAUGAAGAUCUUAAGUGAGAAGAAUAAGGUGGAUAAUCAUACCCUACAUGAAGUAUUAAACUCUCUUGCUGAAAAUAAUCUUCUAACCAUGUGUAAUGAUAGCAAUCAAAGACUUGACAUAGAAUUUGAUGAAUUAGUGAAGAUAUUAAAAUUAGAUGAAUUGAAGGCAGUGUGCAAGGAAUUAAAUAUAAAAAAUAAUAGAUCCAAAGAAGAAAUUAUAGAAUCAUUAAAGAGUUUUCAGUCACAGAAGACCAAUAUUACUAACUACCUUCUUGGCGGUAAAAGUACAAAUGAAACAAGGCUUCUUAAAAUAUUAAGUGCUAAAGUUGGUGUUUGCUAUAAACUAUCAGAUGAAGCUCGCAACACUCUCAAGGAAUUGUACAUUCUUAUGUAUUUAGGAAUAAAUGAAAAUAUAUUGAGAGAUAAAGGCUUAGAAUUAAUGCUUAUAAAUGACAAAGCAGUAAAAGAAACCUACCCAAUUGAUAAGAAUAUGGAAUUAGAUAAUGCAAAUGUUGUGUUUAAGAACAGAGAGGAAUUUAAAAGUUAUUUAGAUGCCCGUGAUAUCCGUGAAGAAUUUUUAGAAGAAACAAAUGUUACCACAAAGUGUUUAACAGUGAAGAAAGUUUUUGAUCUGUAUAAAGCUAUAGAUGAGAAGAAGAUUAUGAGCUACACUCUUCUCCCACCAUGGCUGCAUCGCUUCACACCACCGUACAUAUACAUUAAAGUGCUUGAAGAAGGCAUUAAAGAAUUAAAGAAAGAUAAAAUAGCAGAUAAUAUAACUCUCGCUGUGGAUAUUCUUUCAACACUCAUAGCGCAAAAUCUAUGGCGACAACACAAGAAGGCACAUUGGUACGCGGAGAAAGCCUUGAUUUUGGACAAAUUGAUGAGUAAAUCUGAGGAGGUCUAUAAAAACAAUUCGAUUGAAAUUACUGCUCCUCUGUCCACGGGUUUGCUAGCCACUCAGAUUCUUUCAUCACUGGCACCUGGAGUGCAGACGAAGACGGUUCUGGAAUUGUUAAGCCACUUGCAUCAACUUCGUCUUCGUCGAGCCAGUCAGCAUCCUCAGACGAUGUUUCAUAACGACGCACAAUGCAGAGAAGCUCAUUUGCCCUUCUGGCAGCAAGGCGCUGUGGCCGUACUC